UCACAGCAAUGUAACGGGCUGUACCGUUAUAAACCACAUCCAAGGGGUGUAAUUUUAAACUAGGGCGUCAAUAUAGUGAUGAUUUUACGAUAACUUUUGAUUUUACAUUCAGGCUUCGAACUCGCUACCUAAAAGCGGGGUCUUUCACUUCACCGUCGCGACUCUGAGAACUUACUUAACCGAAACUGUUUAAAAGUGACACUCCCGCGUGUAAAUGUGAUAAUUACUGACGCUUCACCUUAGCGCUGUAACUUUGCUGCUCUGAGUCAUGCUUUCACCCGAAUGGCUGUUUGACAGGCGCGUGCGAAAUGAGCUGUGAGGUGUGUCCAUUCUGCGGGAAAACGUACAAAAGGUUGAAGAGCCACUUGCCACAUUGCAAGGCAGCUGCUGCCUCUAAAGCGCCACCAUCCAAACCAGAUGUCACAGCAAACCAGACAGCAUCGUCUUCUCAGCUGGACUCGGUUUUGUCCAGAGCAACUGCAAAGGGAAGGAAGUCAUCGUCAUCAGUCAUAACAGAUCUACAAGGACAGACGCGUAAAAGGGACACAGCAUCAGGACCAUCAAAUGCGACAUCUUCAUCACCACGAACAUCAUCAUCCAUGACAUUACUUUCACCAACUACGAAGAAGAAACAAAAGCUGGUUGAUCAAAUAAAGACAAGCACCCUUUUGUUAUCUCCAUCUCCAGCUCUGCCCCCCACCACUUCUAAACCAAAAAAGAAGAGUCUCCGUGCAUUGAUAGAAGCUGCUAAGUAUGACCAAAUUACAAAGGAAUCACUAAAGGUGUCUGAAACAGAACCAACUCUAAGCUCCAGAAACACAGCUCAGACAGAGCCCAAAACUAUCUCAGGCAAAGACUAUGCCCAUCUGUCUGCAGACGCUAAACCCAAAGAUGCACCUAAGAAGACACCAAAGACAAAGAAUCAUGUUAAUCAGAUGUUUUCCACAACCAAACAGAGUGAAAGUAGCACAAAAUUCCCAGAGAAAAGACACAAGUUUUCGGAGGAUGGCAAGCAGGAGAUUGAGGAUUCAUCCAUGAAUAAUUUUGUUUUGAAGUUAGGAAAUGGCCACCAGGCAAAGAUCACCCUCCAGGAUGUUAAAGCCACAUUAGGCCGAGCUAGAUCGCCUCGUCAGUCCAGCAGGCCGAGCAUCCUGAGCCAAAUUCAAACUAAUGACAACCUGUGCAGUAAAAUCAGAGUCGAUACGGGUGUUGGACCAGCUCCACUUUUAGAAGAUAAUCAAAAGUAUGUUGCAACUCAGUCUGAUGAGCUGCUGAGCCCUAGCCCACAACAUGCAGGCCUAAAAUCAGAUAAGAAAAUAACCUCAAAGACUAAACAACUGGCUUUAGUCCCUCUGCGAGAUGUGCCAGAAUCAACCCCUCCUACAGCUCCCUUCCUGCGUGCGUCAUCUCAGCAGUGGCAAGCUAUGCCUCCUCCAGUCAACCUGAAUGAGGGGCUGAAGGUGAGCCAUCACAUGACAGGCCUCCUCACAAAAUCGGCACCAGUGGGUCAGUUUUCCAGCCUUCUUUCCCCUCUUGUAUCACAAAGUCUGCCAGUGAAGGUGGAGACAGUGGAGAAGCCUGAGGUCAGGAAGCAAAGCACUGCUGAAAAUCCAAACGAAGGAGCUCUGACACACCGGAGUCUUGGACAGGUGAGACUGAGGGAAUUACCUAAAUGGCUUGCCUGCAAAGCCCCAAGCCAUCCAAAAGAUGCUGUGGGAAUGUUGCAAAGAGGCUGGCAGUGGUAUUACAGGCGGUAUAUUGAUGUGAGGAAAGGAGGUGUAGGUGGACUGGGCAUGUUGUUAGCAGGAUACUGCGUGCUCAGCUACAUCUGGAGUUACCGCCACAUAAAGCUUGAUCGCUGGAGGAAGUAUCACUAAGGGUCAAGGAAAGAUACUUGAAGCAGCAGCAUUGACAGAGAAAAGAUUCAGAACUUCAGGACUCCAUAUGAUGAAUUUGCACAGCAUUUAUAACUGAGAAACUGGUACCGUUACUUGUCAGCAUGUAAGCCCUUCCCUUCAGCCAAUUUUGUGUAUUCUGUCACCAGCAUACAUUGUGGGAGCACUAUAUAGUAAAUGAUAAAUAGUGAAGUAAGUGCAAAAGUGCCUUAAACUGAAUUCUUUGUAGUGACCACAAGUGUACAACUCUUCUGGUUGGAAAACAAGUACAGGUGUAUAGAAGUCUAUGUCAAUUCUCCAGUGAGUUUAGGGUCUCAGUAGCUAGUUUCAAGCUUGAUUGAAUGCAACAUGCUUAUUUUUUGAAUUAAAUGAUCACUUCCAUAUAAGCAUACAGUUCCCCCUCAAUUCAACCCCAGAUACACUCAUGACAACAGGACAAAUGCUCAUCUCUAAGCUUCACAUUGGGACUGCGUUGACUUCAUAGUGUUCAUAGAGUUUUUCUAGAAGCAAGUCUUGCCGUUGGGUUCUUGUUUGGGCAGUUUCAUUUCAGUGGUCACUGGGACAUAAAACUGCAUGUGUGGUAUCACCAUAAAACUGGCUUAAUCCUGAUGACUUUUCCCCAAAAUAAGCCUUUUUUGUUUCCCUGUUUGUCCUACUACCUUGUUUGCUUUUGCUGAAUUUUCCCAGAUAUUUAUAUUUAGAAUUGGGUGUCGUGUGUUUCUUUCAGUCUCUCUGGUUGUCCAUCUUUUGUAUAAAAUCUAAAAGCAUAUGUUAUGAAGACAGACUGAAUGAUUAUGAAUUUUCCUAAUUAAAUGAAUUGCAAAUGAAUACAAAACUAAAACAUGUAACUUUCUAUCUCUAGGUGACCAGGAUAAGAGUAGUUUCAUUCUUAUCUGUAUAAGGUUUCUAAAAUGAAAGCUUGUCAUGCUAAAUUGUAUUAUUUUAAAAUGCUUAUGUUUUUGUAUGUUUCUUUUAU